AUGCAACAACAAGACGGACUAAGAGAAGCUAUCGGGGAUUCACCUCGUCACACUAAAGGAAGACUGCCAGAUGAACGUCAUGAACAACACGCUGCGAUCGUCAUCAACGAGGUCGUACCAUUACCCAAGCAGCAUCAGAUCCCAGAGCUUUCAAUACAAUAUGAACUUCAAUUGGAAGAUAUCUCGCUAGACAGCAUCUAUGAUAUUAUCAACAGAGCAGGUGGACGUAUUCGUAACAGACGACGACAACUGGCCAAUUAUUAUAACAACUACCUACACCCAGAUGGAACACGAUCAUCCUAUACAUCCUACUGUUCCCCGCAGUAA